AUGGAGACAUACCUGCGCGAAUGGCGCCAGGAUGCCCUGAACAAAUCCCAGUACGAGUCGGCUAUCUUCAUCGGGGACAAGCUACUGGCCUUAACACAUGACGAUGGCGAUGCAUUCUGGCUGGCACAAGUUCACUUUGCUACGGGCAACUACACGCGAGCUCAUGCCUUCCUCGAAAAGCAAGACCUCGUGAACCGCAGCUCAUCAUGUCGAUAUCUCGCGGCCCACUGCCUCACCAAACAAGGAUUGUUCGACGAAGCACUGAAAAUUCUGGGUGAUCGAAAUCCGACGCAUCUCAUCAUGAACGGGGGCCCAAGCCACAAGCGAAAGACACAGGCAAGAACCGGCGCGCGAGGUGCAAGAAGACACGGUGCCGACGACGAGACUGCCGCCUCAGAAGAAUCCAAGGAGCGACGAUACGAGGCGGGUAUGUGCUAUCUCAGAGGCAUAUGCUACGCUAAAAAGAAUGCGUUCGACCGGGCGAAGGAAUGCUACAAAGAUGCUGUGAGGAUUGAUGUCCAGUGCUUCGAGGCGUUUCAGCAACUCAUGUCGAACCACUUGCUUUCGCCAGAUGAGGAAUGGCAAUUUCUGGAAAGCCUUGAUUUUGACCAGGUGCAAGUGCCCAGCAAUCCGGGGGUAGCCCAGGAGGCGAGCGACUUCACACGGAUGCUUUACACGACGCGAUUAUCCAAGUAUCGCAACCCCGACGCUUUCGAAAGCGCAUAUGAUUCUUUGUCGACACAUUAUCGCUUGUCGGACAACCCAGAUCUGCAACUGGCGCGGGCGGAUCUACUCUACACUCAGUGUCGGUACCAGGACGCCCUCACAAUCACCAACGAGAUCCUUGAGACGGACAAGUACAACUUUAGCAUAUAUCCCGUACACCUAGCUUGUCUUUUCGAGCUCAAGAAGAUCAGCUUGCUCUUCCUGGUUUCUCAUGACCUGGCCGACACGCAUCCGGAGGAGCCCUGUACAUGGCUUGCUGUGGGCAUCUACUACUUUGCGAUUGAGAAGAUCCCAGAGGCCAGGCGAUAUUUCAGCAAAGCGAGCAUGAUGGACGCACACUUUGGGCCUGCGUGGAUAGGGUUCGCGCACACGUUUGCGGCUGAGGGCGAGCACGAUCAGGCGAUAUCAGCGUACUCGACGGCAGCCCGGCUUUUUAUGGGAACGCAUCUGCCGCAAGUGUUCUUGGGGAUGCAAAACGUGGCCUUGAACAACAUGACUCUGGCUGAGGAAUUCCUCAAGACAGCUCAUGGUCUGUGCAAAACGGACCCACUACUGCUCAACGAGAUGGGGGUGGUCAAGUUCCACCAGGACAGACCUAGAGAUGCCAUACUUUGCUUCAAUCAAGCACUGCAGAUGGUGGACGAGAUUGGUGGUGAAAGGUCCGCUUGGGUGGCCGUGAGAACCAAUCUGGCUCACGCAAUGCGACGACUGGGGAUGUACGAGCAAGCCUUGGUCCAGUUUGAGCAGGUGCUCCGCGAGGGAGGCAAGAAUGCUGCCGUAUUCUGCGCCAAAGGACUGAUUUUGAUGGAGCAGGACAAGUCUGACGAAGCUGUCGUUAUCCUACAUGAAGCGCUGGCGAUCAACCCGCAGGACAGCAUCGCGACCGAGCUUCUCAACCGGGCACUCGAAGAGACAGCCACUAUGGACACAGUCACCGAAGAGGAUGCGGAUGAACUCGCAUGUUUUGAGGGGCAUCUUGAGCAAAGGAAGAUGGAGGCCACACGCAAGCUGAUGGGUGCGAAUGGUGCCGUGGCGAAAGGCAAAGGGGCAAUGGACAGACGACGAAUUGUCUCUCUGGAGGGUGAAGAGAGCAUGAUGGACAUGACUGAUGAGGAAUAA